AUGGCAGCCCUAGCUGGCCAGACGUUGAUGGAGGCAGCAGGCGGCCCGGAGCAGGCCAAGGGUGCUGAGAGAGUCACUCCAGCAACUGCCACCUCUGCCCUUGGAAUGGCAUCUCUAGCCGGACAAGCCUUGAUGGAGGCAGCUGGAACGACGGUGGAGGGAACGAUGGAUGUCGAUGAGGAUGAAAGCAGCGGCGACUCUCCGAGGAUUUCUAAAACACCUCUGGUGAAGAGUGCGCCCCCGAAGCCAACCGUCACGACUGCUGAUGCUGAGGCGAAGAAGCAACUUCAGAAGCAGCUGGGUGAAUCCAGUGAGGAUGAAGAGGAUGAACCUCCAAAGCAACCAAAGCAACAGCCAAAGUCCAUGCCGUUGCCGAAAUCCAAAAUUGCUCGACAAUUCGGGGACUCUGAAGAUGAUGACAAUUCGGACAUCGAGCGGGAAAUGAAGAAGGCAGCCGCUGACGCCGCAGCCUCCCGUUCAUUGCUAGGCGGAUAA